UGUGACUCCAUCUGUCGCCGACCACUUCCCCGGAGCCGCUUGUACCCUGUGGGUGACGGACAGUAAGUGCGACCGAUAGUGUCGUCCAUGGACUGACCGACUAUAUCAUACAUCAUAGGACACGCUGCCUGCAACCUGUGGCCCUCCAUCUGCUCUGAAGAAACUACUACUCCAGGAGAGUUCUGCAUGUGAAUUCCAUUCAACCCAAGUGAAAAAUGAGCUCCUGGAAUCUGGAGAGGCAUCGUCCUUUACAGUACUGCAGGCACUUCUUGGCAGACAAUGGAGCAUUUCAUGUUGAAAGAUGUAUGAGUGUAAUGCAGUCUGGGACACAGAUGAUAAAACUGAAGAGUGGAACAAAGGGUCUGGUCCGACUGUUCUACCUGGAUGAACAUCGUACAUGUAUUAGAUGGAGACCCUCCAGGAAGAGUGAGAAAGCUAAAAUUAUAAUUGAUUCAAUUUACAAAGUCACGGAGGGGAGGCAGUCUGAAAUCUUCCAUCGCCAUGCCGAGGGAAACUUUGACCCCACUUGCUGUUUUACCAUUUACCAUGGUAACCAUAUGGAGUCUUUGGAUUUGAUAACAUCCAACCCAGAGGAAGCCCGGACAUGGAUUACAGGGUUAAAGUAUUUGAUGGCUGGAAUAAGUGACGAAGAUUCUCUCGCCAAAAGACAACGAACUCAUGAUCAAUGGGUAAAACAGACAUUCGAAGAAGCCGACAAGAACGGAGAUGGUUUGCUGAACAUAGAAGAAAUUUACCAGCUCAUGCAUAAGCUUAAUGUGAAUUUACCUCGCAGGAAAGUCCGGCAGAUGUUCCAGGAAGCAGACACGGAUGAGAAUCAGGGCACGUUAACCUUUGAGGAGUUCUCUGUGUUCUACAAAAUGAUGUCAUUACGAAGGGAUCUAUACCUGCUGCUCUUAAGUUACAGUGAUAAGAAAGAUCACUUAACAGUGGAAGAACUUGCCCAGUUUCUAAAAGUGGAACAAAAGAUGAAUAAUGUGACAACAGAAUACUGUCUUGACAUUAUACAGAAGUUUGAAGUUUCGGAAGAAAACAAGGCGCAAAAUGUGCUGGGAAUAGAAGGUUUUACCAGCUUCAUGAGAAGCCCUGCAGGCGAUAUAUUUAACCCUUUGCAUAGUGAAAUUUACCAGGAUAUGGAGCAGCCGUUAUCCAACUAUUACAUUGCAUCAUCUCAUAAUACGUAUCUAACUGGGGACCAACUUCUAUCUCAGUCAAAGGUGGAUAUGUAUGCUUGGGUGUUACAAGAUGGCUGCCGAUGUAUAGAAGUUGACUGUUGGGAUGGUCAAGACGGAGAGCCUGUUGUGCACCAUGGAUACACUCUUACCUCAAAAAUCCCCUUUAAAGAUGUGGUGGAGGCCAUCAACAAGCAUGCGUUUGUUAAAAAUGAGUAUCCUGUAAUUCUGUCUAUUGAAAACCACUGUAACAUUCAACAGCAAAGGAAAAUUGCUCAGUACCUAAAAGAAAUACUUGGAGACAAAAUUGACUUAUCUUCAAUUCCACUUGGAGAAAACAAACAACUUCCCAGCCCCCAGAAUUUAAAGGGCAAAAUACUUGUGAAGGGGAAAAAGUUGCCGUAUGACCUGGCUGAGGAUGCUGAGGAGGGGGAGGUAUCCGAUGAGGACAGUGCGGAUGAGAUAGAAGAGGAAUGCAAAUUAAGUUAUUGCUUUAGCAAUGGAACAACAGAACACCAAGUAGAAUCUUUCAUCAGAAAAAAACUGGAGUCUUUACUGAAGGAAUCUCAGAUCAGGGACAAGGAAGAUCCGGACAGCUUCACUGUGAGAGCUUUACUUAAGGCAACCCAUGAGGGCUUGAAUGUUAAUCUAAAACAGAAUGCAGACCCAAAAGAUCGAGGGAAAUCCAAAAGAUCUUCACUAGGGAAUAUUGGGAAACAUAAGAGAACUUCAAAAUCCAGAUCAAAAUCUUUCAGCACAGAAGAAGAUGAUGGAGAUUCUUCACCAAAGGAAUCGGGGCAGAUGCACAGGUUGGGCCGUCGGAGGAAGACUAUGAAAUUGUGUCGUGCUCUUUCUGAUCUUGUUGUGUACACAAAUUCAGUUUCUGCUCAGGACAUAAUGGAUGACGGGUCGUCAGGAAAUGUUCUGUCUUUCAGUGAAACAAGAGCUCAUCAAGUGGUUCAACAGAAGUCAGAACAGUUCAUGCUGUACAACCAGAAACAGCUUACCAGGAUAUAUCCAUCAGCGUACAGGAUAGACUCCAGUAACUUUAACCCCGUACCAUACUGGAAUGCUGGGAUCCAGUUGGUGGCGCUCAACUACCAGACAGAAGGGCGCAUGAUGGAAUUAAAUCGUGCAAAAUUCAAGGUGAAUGGCAAUUGUGGAUAUCUCCUUAAACCUCAGCAGAUGUGUAAAGGUGUAUUUAAUCCAUUCUCUGGUGACCCUCUACCAGCCAGCCCUAAAAAACAGCUUAUCCUAAAAGUUGUUAGUGGUCAACAGCUACCAAAACCUCCAGAUUCCAUGCUCGGUGACAGAGGGGAGAUCAUUGACCCAUUUGUGGAAGUGGAAAUUAUUGGUCUACCUGUGGAUUGCUGCAAAGAACAAACUCGUGUGGUUGAUGACAAUGGUUUCAAUCCUGUUUGGGAGGAGACCCUGACCUUUACUGUCCACAUGCCUGAAAUAGCUUUGGUCAGGUUUUUAGUAUGGGACCAUGAUCCAAUAGGACGGGACUUUGUUGGACAGAGGACUGUGGCCUUUAGCAGUCUAAUGCCUGGAUACCGCCAUGUUUACUUGGAAGGACUGACAGAAGCCUCCAUAUUUGUCCAUGUCACAAUAAAUGAGAUCUAUGGGAAGUGGAGUCCUUUAAUCCUCAAUCCCAGUUAUACUAUAUUGCACUUUCUAGGAGCCACAAAGAACAGACAAUUUAUUGGGCUCAAAGGGCUUUUCAAUAAAAGUACAAAGCAUAGUUCAGUGGAGAGUAACGGUCAUAUACGAAAGCGAUCAAUCGGAGAUCGAAUUUUAAGACGCACUGCCAGUGCACCUGCCAAGGGUAGAAAGAAGACUAAGAUGGUGUUUCAAGAGUCAACAGAGAGUAGAGAUCUUCCAUGUGAGGUGGCUGGUGCUAAAGAGAAGGAUGUUGUAAUGAAGAGAACAUCCAGAAGCCUACAGGCCCGACCUGUUUCAAUGCCAGUGGACAAGUUCCUUCUUGGGGCCUUUGAACCUUCUACUUCAGAGUCUUCUAAAGAUACCCAAAAAAAUGACAUAGCAUCAGGAAAUGAGGAAAGUCAGAAGGGCAGGCCAAUUACAAAAAAACUAAUGCUUGAAUAUACCCAGAAUCCUGCAUGUCUUCCCAAAAAUCCAUGCCAGGCUAUUGCCACAGCCAAUGGACAUGUUGUACAUAAAAAAUGGCGGAGUUUACACUUAGACUAUGGGAAAAGAAGUGAUGAAGAUAUCAAAGAGUUUAAUGAGACAUUUACCAGUGAAUCCGAGGAUGAAAAGGAUGAAAUAAAGCUGAAAAGUCCAAUUGAUAAAGAUUCUACAUUAAAAAGUUCACAAGAUUCAUUUUGUCAACCAAAAUCGGCAACUUGUCAAGACAAAUUUAAUGUUAAUGAAUUGAUGUCCAUCACAGAGUUGUCAACUACUGUCUGCACAGACACAAAUAAUUUGCAGUCUACAGCAGUUAUUUUUGAAAAUGAUAUAUCUCACAUGAUUAGUGAGGUUCCCUCUGUAAAUGAUAGCGAACUUGGAAGCUCAAUAUCGGCAUUCAUCAAGCAGUUUGACGUCACAGAGGAGAAAACUAACUUGACUUGUGUCUCAAGUCUAAAUGGCAUAAAUAGUCAAACAAAGAUUUCUGGAUUUUCUGAAAUGUUCACACCAGCAAUCUCAACACCAAAAAAACAUUCUUCAGUGCCAAAACAUGUGGCGCGAUUAUUAUAUCCAGCAAACGAUACCACAGUUUUCUCUAGCCCAGAAACAUCUGAAUAUUCAGUAUACACAAUUAUACAAGAAGAAGAUCUGAGUGGGAACACACUGAUGGACGCCAACACUUUCAGAGUAAGUGACAAACUGGUUGAUGACACCAAAAAGUCACAAUGUAAGAAACCAUAUCCUGAAAUAAAGCCAAAACCCCCAAAGGUAAUUUAUCCCGAAAUAAAGCCAAAACCCAAAAAUAUCCGUCCAGCAAGCAUGGAAAAUCUUUUGAGUGCAUCCAGUAGUCAUUAUACAAACUGUGUGACCAAUAUAAUACCUUCAGAGCCUUCUAAAAAAUUUACUACUAGUGGUCCAGUUGAGUUUCAGAAAGCAUCUCGGGGUCCACAAGCGGUUUCUCAAAGCCAUCAAGAGAAAGACUUUAAACAUGCUUCUUCACAUCUGUUCAACCAAAACAAUUUCAACAACUUUAUUGAUUCCGAAAAAAUAAAUCAAAAUUCUAUUUUGCAUAGUAACGUUCAACAACAGGAGGUCUAUAAUUCUGUAGGAAUCCAUCAUAUAUACCAAAGGAGAGACCAAGAACAACAGGUUAAAAACUGUAAUGCGCUUAAAGACUCAAAAUAUAUUGCCCACAGAGGCAGCUUGCAUAAUUCCUGCAUUCCAAAACAGGUACAUUCAAAUAUGUGUUCAUCUCCAGGAACUAAACAACCUAGUCCAUGCAAGUCUAAAAGUCUUGGAGACCUGACUUCAGAAGACAUAUCUUGUAAUUUUGAUAGCAAGUACAAGCGGAUAAAUAGGGGCUUUCUUUUGUCUGGCAAUUCCGAGGACAGAACAUCUUUUGUUAACUCUAAACAUCAGUCUAAAGAUGCAUUAACCGAGCAGUUACGGAGACUGGUAUCUUAUGACCAGGAUGAUUGUUGUAGACCAUCAUUCUGUGAUGAGGAUGAAUUGGACAAACCUAGACCUCUAGCACGAAAGCUCUCUUCUAGAAGUCAAAGCAGAGUGAGAAACAUUGCUAACCGUGCCAAGGAAAAACAGGAGGCCAUUAAACUAAAACAAAACGGUCCAUUUCCAAAUGGUGUAGUCCUAAGGAACAAGACAACCACAGCUUGUCCACCUGUCAACAGACAUUCCACUGGUUCUUACAUAGCGGGAUACUGUAGUAACUUUAACAGAGAGAGCAUGGAAGGCAGGGGUAUACCAGAGGGUGCAUGUUCAUCCCAAACCUAUAGACAUAAUGACCAGUUUUGCAUAGAUCAUUUGACAUAUCAGAGUGAGCCAUGCAAUACUGAAGAAGCAGAAGUCUAUUUCCUACUGAGAUUGUAAAUUGUACAUAGGUCUUAAUUCAAUGUUGUUUACAAGAUGUUUGAUUUUAUUGGAACAUUUUAUUAGGAUGUGAUUUCCAAAUAGACAUAUGUUUAUCAUGAUUAGUCUUCCAUUAGUUUCUAAGCUGCCCUUACCAUCGUCUGUAAAUAUUCUCUUGGCCUUUUUUUUUUUUUCAUUAUAAAGUUUGUUUGGUAUA